UAUAAGCAAAGCGAAACCCUUCAAAGCCGAGAGUGGCAAAACAAGCUGCCGAAACCAGGGCACGCAUUUGGGCAGGGGGCCAAAGCAAGAACGUCGUCACUAGGCCGCCGUGAGCCGGCGAUCGAUGGAGAUGCCGCGGUCGACAAGCGCGGGCUCGUUCCGGUUCCUUGGCCUGCUGAAGCUGCCGGAGGCGGGCGCCGAGGACACGGCGGGGGCGUGCUUCGAGCUGGACGAGCGCGACGUCGUCUGGCCGGCAGGCGCUGGCGGCGGUGGAGGCGUGGACGGCUGGGCGUCCGCGCCGGCGCUCGAGAACACGGCGCCGCGGCGCGCAACGGCGCGGCGUCACGCGGCGCACGCCGUGCCGCAGAGCUUCGGGCUGUCGUCGCUCCUGGCCGAGGGCGGCGGCGAGCAGCAACUGCACAUGCACGCGGGGGUGGCCGUGCCAGUGAGGGCUGGGGCGCCGGAGCAAGGCGCCGUGGCACCGAGGCAGUCGGCGCCGGUCAGGGUGCCGGUGUGGCCAGGGAAAUCAACGUCCGGGCGCCGCGCCGUGGAGAGCGUCAAGAAGGCCGAGGAGUCGGAAGACGAGGACGGGGAGGAGAUGGUGCCGCCGCACGUGGUGACGGCGCGGCGGGCCGCGCGGUCGUCGUCGGUGCUGGAGGGCGCCGGGCGCACGCUCAAGGGCCGCGACCUCCGACGCGUCCGCAACGCCGUGCUCCGCCAGACCGGCUUCCUCGACCUCUGAAUUCUCGGGAGAAGAAUGCCGGCGUGAUCGAUGGCCAAACAUCCAAGCUCGUCGCCAGUCGCCUCUUCAUGUUCAGCUCCUGCCAGCAGCCUCCAUCCUUCCCUGCCUCUAGUCGUGUUCCGCUUCCAUCUUCAUGUCUGGAGUUGUGCCCACCUGAAUUGAAUUCAAUAUACAUUCAAUUUCAUUGGUUCUUCA